CUUCCACAACCGACACUAUAACAUCACCAAACAAUUAAUUUUCUCCUCCCAACUUUACACCACACUCAUUGAUCACAUCCUCAACUCCCAAAGUGGCAUUACAGGAGAGCGCUGCACACAAGAAGCAUUGGUCAGCAGACAAUGCACCUAAGAAUUUGUUCUAAGGCGGUGGCUAUCAACAAACAGAAGCUGUGAGUGAUUGCUGGUAAUGGUAAUGGAAGUUACAAAUCCACUGAAGAAAACUACAUGGGUUCUUCCUCUAGUCUUAACCUCUUCGGUCAUCAUCUUCUUCUUGAUACUCUUAUCUGCAAAUCCAUUUCAAGGGGACCUGGCAAACACCCGUAAGGCUCCGGACUUGGUCGAACCCGAGCUGCGCCCGUCCGACACCCCGCCCAGCCCGAGAAUACCCAGACUGGCCUACUUGAUCUCUGGAUCAAAUGGGGAUGGGGAGAGGCUGAAGAGGACAUUGAAGGCUCUUUAUCACCCACUGAACCAGUAUGUGCUUCACCUGGACUUGGAAGCACCUGCUGAGGAGAGGGUUGAGCUGGUGAGGUUUGUAAGGAGUGAGGCUUUGUUUGUUGAGGUUGGGAAUGUGAGAGUUGUUGAAAAAUCUAACUUGGUCACUUACAGAGGCCCUACUAUGGUCACUAACACUCUUCAUGCUGCUGCUAUUUUGCUCAAACAUGGAGGUGAUUGGGAUUGGUUCAUCAAUUUGAGUGCCUCUGAUUACCCUUUGAUCACUCAAGAUGAUAUGCUUCACACUCUGUCUACCAUUCCCAGGGAUCUUAAUUUUAUCGACCAUUCCAGUGACCUUGGAUGGAAGGAGGAAUAUAGAGCCAAGCCUUUAAUAGUUGAUCCAGCUUUCUAUAGCCAGAACAAAUCAGAUCUCAUCUGGCUCGCAGAAAAAAGAAGUGUGCCAUCUACCUAUAAACUUUUCACAGGCUCAGCUUGGAUGAUGCUAUCUCGACCCUUUGUAGAAUACUGUAUUUGGGGGUGGGACAACCUCCCAAGGAUAUUGUUGAUGUAUUACGCCAACUUUGUUUCGUCUCCUGAAGGGUAUUUCCAUACUGUGAUAUGCAAUGCUGACAAAUUCAAGAACACCACUGUGAACCAUGACCUGCAUUUCAUAUCGUGGGACGACCCCCCGCAACAGCACCCCCAUUACAUCACUUCCGGCGACUACCCAAAAAUGGUGGAGAGCAAUGCAGCAUUUGCCAGAAAGUUUGACAGGAAUGGCACGCUGCUUGAUAAGAUUGACUCUGAAUUUCUGGGUCGCAAACCUGGUGGUUAUGUGCCUGGUAGUUGGUUUGAUGGAAGGGACACAAAUACAAAUGCAUCAGUUUACACUACUGCAAAUAUAACGUUGUUGAGACCUGGGCCGGGUGCCAAGAGGCUCAAUAAUCUCAUAUCCGCGCUGUUGAUGGACAAGGAUUUUGACAAUAAGCACUGCGUCUAGUGCCCGACAGAAGUAAGUUUAUAAAGGACUAUAGGCUUACUUGUCAUUGAGCAAUGUAUCACUUUGAUAAUUGAUUUAUGCCCAAAAAAAAGGCACCAAUGAAAUAAUCAUGGCCUGGUUCUUGACCACACUUCUAGGAAGCAUAAAGUAGGCACAGAAAUAUGUACAAGCUUUUUGUAAUAUCUUUCUACAAUAGAGCUAAUGUAAACGGAUUUUUCCGUUUAACAUUGCUGUUAUAUACUACGUAUUACAGUACAGACUGCAUCUGUAAAAAUAUAUAUCAUGGUACUUUCUGUUGG